AUGAAUUCUAAUAAUUCAAAUAGUAUUAGACAUAUUUCAUUAACAGAAAGAUUAGUACUAUCAUGGAAAGGUAAUAUUUUCAGAAGAGCAUUAUCGUUGGCUGAUGUUGAUAAUGAUGGCGAUAACGAAUUAAUAGUUGGUAGUUUGGAAGGAAAUUUAGCAAUUUUCAAGGGUAUAUCAGAGAAACCAUGGAAAGUCGCCCAUAAUUUAGGUUCAAUUAGUUGUAUUGCUGUUGGUGAUUUAGGUAAUUGUGGUAGAAAAUUAAUAGUUGUCAUUUCUUCUGAAGGUGUUUGUAAUAUAUAUGAUAUUUGUGAACAACAAGAAUUGCAAGAACAACAACAAUUACAACAAUUACAACAAUUACAACAACAACAACAACAACAACAACAACAACAACAACAACAACAACAACAACAACAACAACAACAACAACAACAACAACAACAACAACAACAACAACAAGAUCAAAUUCAACAAAAAGAAAUUGAUCCCAAUAAUAAUAAUAAUAGUAAUAUUAUUAUUAAUAAUAAUAAUAAUAAUGAAAUUGAUAGUAAUAGUAAUGGUAAUAAUAAUAAUAAUAAUAAUAAUAAUAAUAAUAAUAAUAAUAGUAAUAAUAAUAGUGGAAAUAAUUUAAAUGAUUCAACAUCACAUCAACAAUUAUUAUCACCUAAUAAUAUAAUAGUUGAUGAAAAUUAUACAGGUACUGUUGAAACAUUAUCAAAUUCUUCUUCAUCAAUUAAUCCAGCACCUUCAAAUAAUGAUAAUGCUGAUUUAAUAAGAAAAUCCAAUAAUGGUGAUGAAAAUAAUAAUAAUAAUAAUACAGUAUCAUUAAAUAGUCCACUUGUUGAUAGUCCUGAUAUUGUAACAAGUAAUGUUGAUCAACAAAAUAAUGAAAAUGAUAUAAAUUCAUCUUCGUCAUCUUCUCCAAAUUUAAUUUUAUCUCCUAAUAAUAAUAAUAACAAUAAUAAUAGCAACAAUAAUAAUAAUAGUAGCAAUAAUAAUAAUAAUAAUGGUAAUAAUAAUAAUAGUAGCAAUAAUAAUAGUGCCAAUAAUAAUAAUAAUAGUGAAGAAGGUAGUUUAUUAAUACCAAUAUUAACUCAAAGAUUACCACCAAAUGCAAGUUCAAUUUUAAUUGGAGAUAUAGAUGAUGAUGGUCAAAAUGAAUUGAUUAUUGGUACCUAUGAUCAUACUUUAUUCUCUUUCUCUUUAAUAAAAGAUGCUAAAAAUAUAAAUACAAGCCAAGAUAUUGAGAUUAAUAAUAGUAAUAAUAAUAAUAAUAAUAAUAAUAAUAAUAAUAAUAAUAAUAAUAAUAAUAAUAAUAAUAUUAAUAAUAAUAAUAGUAAUAAUAAUAAUAAUAAUAAUAGUAAUAUUACUAUCAAUAGCAAUAUAAAUAGUAAUAAUAAUAAUAAUAAUAAUAAUAAUAAUAAUAAUAAUAAUAAUAAUAAUAAUAAUAAUAAUAAUAAUAAUAAUAAUAAUAAUAAUAAUAAUAAUAAUAAUAAUAAUAAUAGUGGUAAUCAACAAGAUCAAUUGGUUGAUUCUCAAGAUAGUAUUAAUAAUAGUAAUAGUAAAUUAGUAUUAAAUUUAAAGAAUAAAUGGCAAUUACCAGGUCAAAUUGGUUCAUUGGUAUUAGCGAAAGAGAUGGGUGAGAAUAUAUUAAUCGUUGGUUUAUGUGAAGGUACAAAUUAUAUCAUUUUAAAUAAAAAAGGUGUUUUACAUAAAGAAGGUACUAGUAUAGAUACAUUUUACAUUAAAAAUAAUAACAAUAAUAAAAAUAAUAAUAGCAAUAAUAAUUUCAAUGGAGGUAAUAGUGGUGGUGGUUUUCAAAAUUCAAGUAGUGGAAAUGAUAGUAAUUCAAAUUCAAUACCAGUAUCAAAUUCAAUGGAAAGUACAAACUCAUUCGCAACAAAUGUAAUUGAUUCUCAUAAUAAUAAUAAUAAUAAUAAUAAUAAUAAUAAUAAUAAUAAUAAUAAUAUCAAUAAUAGUAAUAAUAAUGGUGGUAUUGUUGCAAGUAGAAAAAAGAGAACUGAAAUCAUUACAAAUAUUAGUUGUCCAAUAACAAUGAAUGAUGAAAAUAAUGAUGAAAAUAAUAAAAGUAGUUUAGUUGCAAUUGCAACAUUAGAUGGUGUUUUAAGAUUACAAAGAAUUGGAAAAGGUAUAGUUUGGAGAAUGGAAAUUAAUGAAAUGGGUAGUGGUCAAUUAAUCUCUUUACAAGCUAUUAGAUUCCCAAGACAACAACAAUCUCAACAACAAUUGUUAAAUAGUAGUAGUAAUAGUAAUAGUAGUAAUGGUAGUGCAAAUUUAAAUAAUAAUAAUAAUAAUGAUGAUUAUAUGGUUUGUUGUGGUUGGGAUGGUUUAACAUUAAUUAUGGAUCCAAAGAAAAGAGACGUAAUAUCAUAUAAAUUUGGAGAUAGAGUUUGUGCAUUCACAUCUGGUUCUUAUUCAUUGAGUAAAGGUACAAGAAAGAAUUGUUUUAUUUAUGUUACUUUUUUUGGUGAGAUCAUCAUUUACCAUGAUGUAGCUUUAAAUAUUCAACCAGUUCAAAGUUUAACUUUUUCAACAAAAAAACAAUGGAAUGAAUUUUCAAAUCAAAUUAAAUCAAUUGAUAAUGAUGAUGAUGAUAAUAAUAAUAAUAAUAUUAUAAACAAUAUUAAUAAUAAUAGUAUUAAUUCAAAUACUUUAGAACAAAUGGAUACAUAUAGUUUAUUAUUAUCACAAGAUCUAAGUGUUUCAAAUUUAAAAAAUUAUUUAGAAUCUUUAAAAGUUAAAUUAAAUAAAUAA